AUGAGUCAAUCCGUAGAGUGGUCUGAUUUACCAGAAGAACUAGUCGAUGUAAUAGCAAGCCGUCUCUUCUCAAAAGUCGAGCUUCUCCGUGUCCGUAGCAUCUGCAAACCCUGGCGUUCCGCGGCUUCAAUCCAUAAACGUUACCCCAAACGCCAUAACCGCAACCGCGUACGUGUCCUUUCUCCGCUCAGUGAAGCAAGACCAUGUUCACUCUCUCCCGCAGCUUUCUCCCGCGUGUUUCUUUCCUCGUGUCGUAGCAAAGGAUGGCUUAUCAAAACCCAAGACGACGCCGUCUCUGAAACACGUAAAAAGCUACUACACCCUCUCUCUCGUGCCCCUGUGGAAUCUUCCCACAAAACCCUAGAUCUUUUGGAGUAUACGGUCUCAGAGAUCCAUCAGUCUUACGACGUUCAUAAUUACUAUGGAAAAAACCAGUACAUAUCUUGUAAUUUCGCUAGAGUUGUUUUAUUGGGCAAUUUCGUUUUCGGGGUGAAUAACAAGAAGGAGAUCUGGUGGUGCAACAAUGAAGAAAUUAAAUAUAAUAAUGUUUGGACAAGAGUUUCAGAUGAAGACGCUGAGUAUUUCUCGGACAUCAUAGUCCACAAAGGUCAAAUCUAUGCCUUGGACCUAAACAGUGCGAUCUGGUGGAUUAGUUUAUCCGAGCUUAAGAUUUAUCAGUACGGUCCUUCGACUCCGAUGGACUACUACGAGGUUGAUAAUUGCAAAGAAAAGAGGCUCGUGGAGUAUUGUGGAGAACUAUGCAUCAUUCAUCGCUUCUGCAAGAAGUUUCGGGUGCGCAGAUAUGAUGUGGAGAGGACUAUUGGUUUUAAGGUUUAUAAGAUGGACAUGGAGUUGGUUGAAUGGGUUGAGGUUAAGUCUCUGGGAGACAAGGCUUUUGUCAUGGCGACUGAUUGUUGUUUCUCUGUCGUGGCUGGGGACUAUUAUGGAUGUUUGGAGAGUGCUAUCUAUUUUACAGAAGAGAAGGAUGUUAAUGUGUUCAAGCUUACAGAAGAGAAGGGUGUUAAUGUGUUCAAGCUUGGUGAUGGUAGUGUUACUAAGUUGGUGAAGCCUUCUUCUGAGAGUUGUUUUCAUAUGAUUUAUCCUCCUUUUGUUUGA